AUGGCGGGGCGGGCGAUCUCGCGCGCGCGCGUCCUCGUCGUCCCGCGCGCGUCGACGACGACGACGUGGUUCGCGCACGCGGGCGCGGUGGGAGAGCCGAGCGACGCGCGGGAGAGCGACGCGGCGCGCCGAGCGAGCGCGAGAGGGGCGACGACGCGGGCGGUGACGCGGGCGGUGGACGCGACGAUGCCGUUCGCGCGACGGUGGGCGCUGGGGGCGAUGCGGUACGCGGAAGAGACGUGGCGGGCGAUGGGGGCGGCGGGGCGCGGGACGGCGCGACGGCGGAUUUACGAGGCGGGGAACUACGCGAUGGAACGGAUAGAUCCGCGAGAGCACGCGCUGAGAGCGUUGCCGUCGGUGACGUCGUCGAUUGAGAUUGUGUAUCCGGGAGGUGGAACGAUGAAAGCGAGCGAAGCUUUGGGGCUGGUGCGAGCGACGCUUCGCGACGGACGCGCGUCCGCGCGUAACGCGAUGAGACUGUACAGCCUGGGCGUUCCGCUAUCCAUGCCGAUGUUUCUCACCCCGCUGAGUAAUUUUCCGCUAUAUUACUUUAUCUACAGAUUAUGGGGCGCUUCGGAGGCGUCGGCGAACGCGACCGAGGCGCUGCGAGUGCUCGACGCCGGCGCCGCGGAUGACGCGCGAGCGAACGAAACAGAGGCGCGGUUCUUCCGGAUAUCGCGCGGAGACGACGGCGAUGGCUCGACGGUUGGUGAGUGCAAAAGACUGAGACCGAUUAAUUCGUUGAAUUCGGACACGGGCGGGGAAGUAUCGACGACGGAUGAGCCGCACGCCUUGGCGUGCUGUAGACUCGCUCGUCCCGGCGGCGAGACGCUCCUCCGCGGCGACGCCGCGCCAGAGGUCUUAUUCGUCCCGUGCGACGCCCUCGGCACCAUAGCCGCCCGCUAUCACGGUGGAGACAUCGAUGCGGACGCGUCUACAUCUCCGUGCGCCGCCGCGGCUGUCGAACGUCUCUUCGGCGCCGCGGGCGUCGUCGAGCUCAGCCGAAAGCACCGCCGCUACGAAGAAAUUUACGGCGCGACCGCGCGAUAG